GAUGCUCCGUGAACGCACCACCGGUAGAGCAAACCAAGGAAGUGUUGCUGCUGCUGCGUGACGACCGUGACGACGUGCCUAUCGGAGAAAUACAGAGAGCAGUCAGCGCGAGGCUGGAGAUCACCAGCUGUUAACCACGAGCUGCUCUUCAAUCCGCCCGCUGUUUAAACCCUGCGUUUACUCUCCUGUGUACUCUCCUGUGUACUCCCGUGUACUCCCGGAGCCUGAGCAUGGUGUUGCGGGAGGUCCCGGUGGAGAACAUCGCCCGUCCCCUGGGCAGGAACGAGGUCAUCGGGCUGCUGUUCCGGCUCACCAUCUUCGGAGCAGUGACCUACUUCACCAUCAAGUGGAUGGUGGAUGCCAUAGACCCCACCAGGAAGCAGAAGAUGGAGGCUCAGAAACAGGCGGAGAAGUUGAUGCGUCAGAUUGGGGUUAAGAACGUGAAGCUGUCUGAAUACGAGAUGAGCAUCGCUGCUCACCUGGUCGACCCGCUCAGCAUGCAGAUAACAUGGAGAGAUAUAGCUGCCCCUCUCAUUCCCCUUCUCCCCCUCUCGGUGAUCCUUCCCCAGAAGAGACAUUUGUUCCAGGGAUCCCCCUCAGGCGUGUUGCUGUACGGACCCCCGGGCUGUGGUAAAACCCUGAUCGCCAAGGCGACGGCGAAGGAGGCGGGCUUUCGUUUCAUCAACCUGCAGCCGAGCACGCUGACGGACAAAUGGUACGGAGAGUCCCAGAAGCUCGCCGCCGCUGUCUUCUCAUUGGCUGUCAAACUGCAGCCGUCAAUCAUCUUCGUAGACGAGAUAGGACACACACACACACACACACACACAGACAGACACACACACACACACACACAGACAGACACACACACACACACACACACACACACACAGACACACACACACUGUCAGGUUAUCAUUAUGGGAGCCACUAAUCGUCCUCAAGACCUGGACUCUGCUAUUCUGAGGAGGAUGCCGACCAGGUUUCACAUCAACCAGCCGAGCAUGGGCCAGAGAGAGCAGAUCCUCAAACUCAUCCUGGAGAACGAGAGCGUGGACCACUCAGUCGACCUCGUCGACGUCUCCAGGGAAACAGACGGUUUUUCAGGAAGUGACCUCAGAGAGAUGUGUCGCGACGCUGCUCUGCUCUGCGUCCGAGACUUUGUCCACGCUCAGAACGACAGUCCCACGGAGGACUUCAUCCGUCCCAUCCAUCAGUCAGACCUGAAGAAGGCCGUCGGGAAGAUGAAGAAAUCUAAGAUGGCGGGAGGACACGGAGGCCUGCUGCACGCUGCUCUGGACUGAACACACAGACACACACACACACACACACACACACACACACACACACACACACACACACACA